AUGGGUAAUAUUGUUAAUCGACGUAAGACAGAAAGAGAUAUUCCAACACCAGAAAUUAUUCCUCUAACUACAAAACAAAUUGAUAUCGUUCGGAGAACGUGGGAAAUUCCAAGUGCAAAACUCUAUGACUCCGGAGAGAAAAUACUUUUUAUGUAUUUUGAUCGUUUCCCAAAUAAUCAAGAUCGAUUUAUCGCUUUUAAAACAACACCUUUGUUAAUGCUAAAGGGAACCCCAGGAUUUAGAGCCCACGCUUCUAAAAUAAUGAAUGUUUUAAGCAGUAUCAUAGAUGCACUAGAUAAAGAUCCUGCACUUGUUGGUAUUAAAAAAAUUGCAGGAGAUGGACGAGAAGCUUGGGAAAAAUUAUUAAACAUUCUUUAUCACGUAGUAUUUGAAUGCAUAGAUGGUCGUUCUGAUGAAUUCAAUUAA